GAGAAAGAGAGAGAGAGAGAGAGAGAGGGAGACAGGAAUGGUGGUGAAAAUAGUGGAGCCUAAUACCUGCAUAAGGGGUUGCUGUAGAAGUGAUUCCAUACCCUUACAUCACCCUCCAUCGUCAUACACCAUCGGCUCUCCGAUCGCUAGAGGGUCAGAAAGCGUUGUGUAUGAAGCAACUCUCCAUGGAGCCAAAGUGGCAGUGAAGAAGCCCAUCUUGUCUACAUCAGAAGAACUUGACAAAUUCCACAAAGAAUUGCAGAUAUUAUGCAAGCUAGAUCACCCAGGGAUAGCUACACUGGUUGCAGCCCAUGCAAGGCCGCCCAAUUACAUGUUCUUCUUCCAGUUCUACGAGUCCAGGAAUCUUGCAGAGAAAUUACAUUUAGAAGAAUGGAGCCCUGGAGUCGAUCAAGUUCUUAAGAUCAGCCUUCAAUUGGCAAAGGCUCUACAAUAUCUGCAUGAUCUUGGGAUUGUGCAUAGGGAUGUGAAACCAGCAAAUAUUCUUCUUGACAGAAAUCUUUGUCCAUAUCUAGCUGAUUUUGGUUUGGCAGAAUACAAGAAAGAUCUUAAACAAAUAUCUGAAAACUGGAGAUCAUCUGGAAAGCCGACUGGUGGCUUCCACAAGAAGAAUAUGGUAGGAACACUCAUAUAUAUGGCACCUGAAAUACUAAAGAAAGAAAUACACACUGAAAAAUUGGAUGUCUACAGCUUUGGAGUAUCAAUCAAUGAGCUCCUAACUGGUGUUGUUCCAUACACUGAUCUUCGUGCAGAAACCCAGGCCCAUACUGUAUUGGAAAUGAGCUAUACUGAGCAACGACUUACAUCUGCUGUGGUGUCUGAAGGACUGCGUCCAAUGCUUGCUGGUUCUGAGUCAGGUUAUCCAGAAAGUUUAUUGUCAUUAAUACAGAGGUGUUGGGAUGCCAAUCCCAAUAAUAGGCCUUCUUUUGAUAAUAUAGUUGCAGAACUGGAUUCAAUUGUAAAACAAAUGAACAAUGUAAAACAAGAGGAAAAGUUCCUUGGAAAACCUUCUGUUUCUAUUAGUGAUCAGCUUCCAAACUACACAUGGAGCCCUCCAAUUUAUCAAGAGAGUGUAAACUGGUUCAUUGAAGGGGAACAAUUGUCAAAAAGAGUAUCUCUCGCAGAUAAUUCUAUUCAGACAAUCUGGCCUGAUUCUUCAAAUGAUCCUUUGGCAUACCAGCCAAUACUGUCUUGGGGUUCCUUUGCUACUUGUGGGAGAAGGGAGAGCAUGGAAGAUGCACACUUUUUGAUGCCUCAAAUGUGUAACCAGAAGGAUAUUCAUGUGUUUGGGAUCUUUGAUGGUCAUCGAGGUUCAGAAGCUGCCGAGUUUUCUUCUCGUGCACUUCCAGGUUUCUUACAAACCUUGGGUUUUACAAGAAGCCCCUCAGAUGCAUUGGCAGAAGCAUUUAGGGAUACAGAUAUCACAUUCAGGAAUCAGUUGGUAGCUCAACGUACUUCAAAAAGAGUUGUUCAGAAAGACUGGCAUCCUGGUUGCACUGCAGUUGUAGCAUUAAUUAUCAGGAGCGGGCUUUUUGUUGCAAAUGCUGGCGAUUGCAGGACCAUUUUAUGUCGGGGUGGUGUUCCUUUUGCCCUUAGUAAGGAUCAUGUUGCAAGCUGUCCUGAGGAGAGAGAGCGUGUCAUCAGAGCAGGGGGGCAAGUCAAAUGGCAGUUGGACACAUGGAGGGUUGGGCCAGCUGCUCUCCAGGUUACACGCUCUAUUGGUGAUGAUGAUCUGAAGCCUGCUGUAACAUCAGAACCUGAGAUAACUGAGAUUAUUUUGUCAGCUGAGGAUGAAUUCCUGGUAAUGGCUAGUGAUGGGCUCUGGGAUGUGGUGAGUAAUGAGGAGGUCAUAUCAAUAAUCAGAGACACUGUUAAAGAGCCUGGAAUGUGUUCCAAGAGAUUAGCAACAGAAGCUGCUGAACGUGGGAGCAAAGAUAACAUCACUGUCAUCGUCAUUUUCCUCCGUCCAAUAUGUACAGCUGAGAGAAUUUACUGAAUAUAAGCUGUACGUUUUCUUGUUAACAAGCCUGCAGAAUUUAAAUCCAUAUGUAAAACAAGUGUCACAAUGAUAAGGUGAUAGAAUAUUUCUGUAAACAAAAGUCUAUUUAUUCUAAGAUCGAUAAAAAGUUGACCU